AUGGGGGAGUCAGAUGAGCCCCAGUACUACUAUGAUUCCGUAGCCCAGCAGUGGUGGGUCUAUAACACGGCACUUGGCCAAUGGGAGCUGUGCCCUGAGAGUGAACAGACAGAUGUAGCCGCAGCCGAGCCCGCGGCUGAGCAGGAGCAGCCACCGCAAGACCAGCAGCAGCAUGAGCAAUACCAGCGAGAUGCUGACAGCAGAGCUGUUGCAGCAGCAGCUGUUGCUGGCAGCGCAGACGGUGAUGCCUCUCCGGUCAAGAGAGCACCAGAAGAAGCAGCAGACGCAGCAGCAGCAGAAUCAUGUCAGCAGCCUCUGAGUUCCGACUCUUCAGAUUUGGCUGUCUCAUCAUCCCCAGGAGCAGGCGCAGCGCGAGCAGCUGCAGCUUCGCCCGCAGAACCCUCUAAGCCGCGCCGUCGUGGAGUGAGUGUGGUGGCGUUCAAGAGCUCGGACUCCAGCAGCAGCAGCAGCAGCAGCAGCAGCAGCCCCGCGUCUGGAGUGUCUCGCCAAGCUUCCGGCGCAGAGUCUGAAGGAGGCGUGGACGAAAUAGGCAACGCCUUGGACCGCCUAAUGACCACCAACUUCUCUCGGGGGCUCACCCGCAACUGGGGCUCGGGCUCAGACUCCGGUUCCUUUCCCUGGGCAGCGCGGGGGGCUGCAGCAGGAGGCAGCAGCGGCAGAGGCAGCGCAGCAGACUCCGUCAGCGAAAGCAGCCAAGACACUGACAGCCCCAGAGAGCCCACCCCAGAGCCCAUUGUCCGAAGGGUCACCCGCCGAAUGACCUUCAAAGAUAUGGGCGGCCUCGCCGGCUGCCUCCAGAAAGCAGUGCAGCUGCGCCAGGAGCUCAUAGACACAGAGAAAGGCAAGCAGCCUCUGCUGAAGCAUGUACACAGGUUGCUGCUGCUGCUGCUGCUGCUGCUGCUGCUGUACACAGGCUGCUGCUGCUGCUGCUGCUGCUGGGGGCAUGUGCCUGGUGCAGAAGACUCGGAAACAAAAGAAGAGGCUUGGAAGAUCCGGGCCAGAACGGCAGCACAGACGGCAGGAACAGCGGCACGGGAGAAGGCAAGGAGUUUGUGGAAAGCUGCUGCUAAAGAACUAGCAGCUAGCCACCAGCAGCAGCAAAGGACACCUCACGCAGGCGCACAAAGAUUCGCAGAUAUCGUGACCCUUGUUGCAGCUGCGAGGGCCAAAGAUCGUGGUCUCGAGAAACGUGGCAUCCUCCGGUCCUCAGCUGAGGCAGAUGCAGCAGCAGUUGCAGCAGCAGGAGCAGGAGCUCUUCACUUAUCUCCCAUGGGUGCUGCUUGGGACAGGAGGAAAACUGCAGACUUAACAGGGCGAAUCAGAUUUGCUGAUGUCACUCUCACUGACCCCACCAAUCAACACCAGGUCUCGGGCCUUCUGGGGGCUUCUGGGAGGAGAAACACAGUGGCAGUUCCUGCUGCUGCUGCUGCUGAUCGUGCUGCUGCGGCGGUUGCAGAAGAUCUAGCUACUGCAGCACAGCCACAAACACCAAUCUUACAGGAAAAUUCAGGAUAG